UCGAUGGUUAAUGUCAUAUGUCUUUCGUAAAAAAGUCUAAGCAAAAUAGGCAAACACGUGCUAAAGUUUUGAAAUAAUAUCAAACAUUUCUCCAAAAUGGGAAAAUUUAGGUCUAAACUGAAAGGAAAAUCUAAGGGUAAAAGAUGGCAAAAAGGACAAUCAUCAAAUUCAAAUCCCAAGACACAAAAAUACAGAGAAAUGGCUAAAUCCCGGUUCUUCCAAGAGAAUCUUGGUAGCACUGGCUUGACCCAACAAGCUGUAUUGAAACAUGAUGCUAUGAUGACAUACGGACACAGUACCGGUAAACAGAAAUCAGAAUCAGAGAAUGAGCUAGCUAUAGCUAAAGAUUUUGAAUCUAUGUCCAUGAGGAGUGGUGAUGAGGGUUCAGAAACAGAGUAUACAGGGUCCAUGAGGUCUGGAACAUUCAGGACAUUCCAGACAUUUGCAUCUGACUGGAGUCAAUGUUCAAAUGUUAGCUUCAGCAAGUUAUUAAAUAGGUUUGAUUCAAACAAUGCUGUCCACAAAGACAUGCUGGCUGUAUUAGCUGCCGUCACUGAGGUCAUAAAAGAACAAGGUGGCAAGGAGACCUCCACUGAAUACUUUGCUGCAUUGAUGCAGACACUCAAAGCAUCAGAAGACGAUACCAGUCUUGUAGCGACCCUAUCUUUAUUAUCAAUGGGUAUAAAAUCCGUACCACAAGCAGUACUUAGGAAACAAUUCUCGGACUCGGCAACAAUAUUCAUGGAAUUACUGGAGAAAAAUGCACAGAGUGAUAAUGGUACAUUAUUACGUAGUAUUAUUGGUUGUCUAUCAGUUUUGCUGCGAGCACAAGAGUACGCAAUAUGGGGUGAUUCAUCUACUAUGAAAGUGUUUGAUUCAGUACUUGCUUUUGCGUUACAUUCUAAGCCUAAGGUACGAAAGGCAGCCCAGCAUGCUAUCACAGCCAUCUUACGUGGCAGUUGUUUUAUGUUACCUACAGAAGAUGACAAUGUCAAGGUUCCGAAGUUGCAUCCAGCAUCAAACCGCGUGGCUGAGUACUGUCUGUCCCAGAUAAAGCCGGAGGCUCUUCUCUCCGGUCACCGUCCCGUACUGCACAUACUGACCAUGCUCAGAGAUGUCCUGCCUGUCUUCAGCAAGGAUUAUAUCAAAACAAUCUGUGAAUCAAUUCUGUCAUUAAUGGCGCACAACAACAUAUAUAUAAAGACGUGCUGUAUGCACACUCUGCACGCGCUGUUCCUGGCCGGGGGCAACCUGAGCGGUGCGCUGGCGGCGCAGCUCAGCCGCGCACUGCUCGCCGCACGACCUCCCGCCAACGACACCGGACAAAGCCUCGCCUGGGCCGCAGUCGUGCAGCAGGCAUUGUGCUGUCUUGCUAGGUUGGAUAUGAACUUGUGUUUGCCGAAUUUACCCGCCUUCGUCAACAUCUGCGUCACUGAGCUGUGGCACUCUGACGUCACCGACAUCAAUGCCGCCGCCACAAACGCUCUGAAGGCAUUACUUUUAGACUGUGUGAAACCAGCUCUGAAUACAGAGGAAUGUUUUAUAAAAAAUAAAUCCCAUAUAGAUGGAAUAUUCAAAACUAUCGGCACUGGACUUGAUAAUCCAUUUAAUCAGGCGUUAAAACAUGUGAUAAUGACAUUAGCUGUCUGCUUCGAGAUUGGUAAUAACAAAUUAACCUACAUACUUGGACCGUUAUUGAAGAAAUUAAACGAAAGAAAGGAAAGUCAUAAUUUCAACCAUCACAAAGAAGUCGAAUAUGCCAUUGGAUGUGCCAUCAAAGCUCUAGGUCCAGAAUUCGUGCUAACUUAUAUCCCACUCAGAGACGGGACAGACAUAAACUUGGAUAGAAGUUGGCUCUUACCGGUACUCAGAGAAAAAAUAAUAAAUUCCAAUUUAAAAUAUUUCGCUACAGAAAUUUUAGAUAUGGCAACAUUUUGUAGAAAAAAAUCCCGUGAAUAUGCACAAAAUAAUGACAAUGCAAAAGCGCAUACUUACGAAUUAUUGUGCAAUCAAUUUUGGUCUUUAUUGCCAAGUUUUUGUAACAAUCCGAAAGAUAUAAAAGAUAAUUUUAAAACUAUAGCCCGAGUGUUGGGCAAUGUGUUAAAAGAUAAUUCGGAAUUUCGUUUAUCUGUGAUGCAAGCUUUAAGAAAAUUAAUUACUUGUUCAAAUGAUAAUGAAGAUCAGAAGGAAUUGGGUAGAUUUGCUAAAAACUAUUUACCUAUAUUAUUAAAUAUUUAUAUGACACCUGCUAAAGGAGGGGAAGGGGAAGGACAAAGGUUGGCAGCGUUGGAGACUAUUCAAAUAUAUUUAACAAUAACGGAUCAGAAUGUCCGAGAGGAAUUAUAUAAGAAUGCAAUAACACAACUUGAAGCUUCCAUAGACAACCAUUUCCAAAGAGAAUCCAUCUUAGAUAUAAUUCGUUUAUUAAUUUUGUACCAAACACAUGAAGAUAUGGCUGUUUUAUUUGAUAAAUGGGUAUUUCCAUUGUGCGAAACAGUUAUUGAUGAUCCGAGGAAAUAUAAAAAGGCAAAAAAAGAUAAAAUGGAAGAAAACGAUGAAGUUAAACCUUUGAAAUAUAAAGAUAAAGUGAAAUUAAUAGAAAUGGAACAUAAAAAAGCUUAUAGAAUAUUAGAGGAGAUAUUUAAAUGUGGGAAAGAAACUUGUGUACAAUUUGUUAAGAAUAAUUAUAAAAAAAUUAAGAAGAUGUUAAUGAAUUCUUUGAAUAAAGUUGCUGAUAGUAGUAAAGCUGCUAGAUUGAGGUGUAUAGAGCAUCUAAUCAACAGCAGUCACUUUUUGAACAGCGAGAGUAAGUUGAUAAAGAGUGCAGUAGCGGAGAGUGUUGUCUGUACAAAGGAUAUCAACUCUAAAUGCAGACAAUGUGCUUUUAAUGUUAUUAAUACUGUUGGUAACUUACUGAAGACACAGGAAGGAGGAAUGAAAUCCUUCCUGGAGAUGUUAUCAUCAGGGUUAUCAGCGACCGUACCUCGUGUGGUGUGUGCCACACUGAGAGCGCUGGCAUCAGCUCUCUUCACCUUCUCCGAAGACAUGGGUCUGGAGACGGUGCAGUCUCUGCUGGAUACUGUCUCACAGAAGAUGCUGGAGAACAACAGAGAAGUGGUGGCUGGUGGUAUGAGCUUCCUUAAAGUAUACACAAAAGUAUUACCAACCGAAGUGUUAUCUGGCAGUUUGCCGCUCAUCUUCAGAACAUUAUCAAAGAUGUCCGAGGACUGCAAACGUCAUGCUCGACUGGAAGUAGGCUACUUCCUCGCCAGGAUGACGAGGAAGUACGGCGCUGAUACCAUAGAGAAGUUGGUACCAGCUGGUGAUGAAGUUAUGCUCAAACGAUUGAGGAAUGUGAGGAAGUUAGAGAAUAGAAAGAAGAGAGUUAAAGAACAGAAACGAAGUCAAACGGAAUCAGAUUCUGACGGUGAUAUGACCGUUAAAGGUACAUCAAAGACAUUGGAAGACAUCCUCAAAGAUUCCGACUCUGAGAUGGAAUAUCUAGACGAGGAGACGAGACCUAAGAAAGCUAAGAAGACUAAUAAAGCCUGGAUCCAGGAUGAUGUUGAUGAGAUUGUGGACCUCGUUGAUGUCUCUGCUGCGAGGAAGAUAACAGCCACGGAUCCAACAAAGAAGAAGAAGUUGACUGAAGAGAUGGUGCAGAAGAAGAAAGACGGUGGUUUCAAGACGGCUGCUGAUGGCAGACUGAUCAUCUCCGAUGAUGUAUCUGAUGAUGAGGAAGAACCAAGACCCAGUGGAGACAUCGAUACUGACACUGAUGACACCGACAAUGAGGCGGAUGGUAAACCAUCAAAGUUAUUGAAACCCGGCACCAAGAGACGUUACGACGACAUCUUGAGCAUCAAGAGUGGUCGCAGCAUCAGGAGCAAGGCUUCCACUGUCUCUAAAUACAAAGCCGGUGGGAAAGGCAUACACAGACCGUUGGGUUCAGGUGCGUCUGUGACAUCAGCUGGCAAUGAAUACCGCAGCAAGAAGGCUAAAGGUGAUAUCAAGAAGAAGGGAAAACCUGAUCCCUACGCCUACCUUCCUCUAUCCAGGAAUAACUUGAAUAAGAGGAAAAAAGCUAUAACAUCGAAACAAUUCAAAGGUAUUGUGAAAUCCAAGACUAAAAAUCUGAAACUGAAGUCGAAAAGGAAAUGAUGAAAUCUCUGUCUUUUUUUUCUAGA